AUGGAUCUCUACGACAAGAGGGAGGACAUGGCGUUGCAAGACGGGGACUCCUGCCUCGCGCCCCGGGCUUCGCGGGGCGGAUGCGAGGUGGACUUACAGUGGGCGGAUGGCCUCGUCGAAGGCGCCGGCCGAAAGCGGCGCGCCCCGGAAGACUUCGAGGACGAGGUCCAGGAAAUGGACGAGGUGGAUGGCGGCGGCAAGCGCAGCAAGCCGCCGUCGCCGCAACCGCACACACCAGAUAUUCGUGAAGCUCAUGCCCCCGGCCGCCACCGCCGCACCGUGGUGGCCGGUGGUGGGGAGCACAGCGGUGGUGGGGGUGACCUCAUAGGAGAAAUCGGUCGUGACCUGUCCAUCAACUGCCUCCUCCGGCUGUCUCGAUCAGAGUAUGGCUCAGUGGCAUCGCUGAAUCAUGAUUUCCGGUCUCUGGUGCGAGGAGGGGAGAUCUACAGGCUGCGACAGCAGAAUAACAUCGCGGAGCAUUGGGUGUACUUCUCCUGUAAUGUUUUGGAGUGGGAUGCCUAUGACCCCUACCGCAAGCGUUGGAUCUCGGUGCCCAAGAUGCCACCUGACGAGUGCUUCAUGUGCUCGGACAAGGAGUCUUUGGCUGUGGGCACCGAGCUGCUUGUGUUUGGGAUGGCACACAUUGUCUUCAGAUACAGUGUACUGACAAACUCUUGGACACGAGGCGAGGUGAUGAAUUCUCCUCGGUGUCUAUUUGGGUCAGCAAGCGUGGGGGAGAAGGCAUAUGUUGCUGGUGGAACUGAUUCUCUUGGCAGGAUCCUCAGCUCAGCAGAGCUGUACAACUCGGAGACACAUACUUGGACACCUCUUCCUAGCAUGAAUAAGGCACGGAAAAAUUGCUCUGGGGUGUUCAUGGAUGGCAAGUUUUAUGUGAUUGGCGGUGUGACAAACAACAACAUGAUCUUGACCUGCGGUGAAGUGUACAAUACGCAGAGCAAGACUUGGAGUGUGAUUGAGAACAUGUCUGGGGGUCUAAAUGGAGUGAGCGGUGCGCCCCCACUUGUUGCAGUGGUCAAGAACGAGCUGUAUGCUGCUGAUUACAGCGAGAAGGAUGUCAAGAAGUAUGACAAGCAGAAUAAUAGCUGGAUCACACUUGGUAAAUUGCCCGAGCGAUCUGUGUCCAUGAAUGGAUGGGGCCUUGCAUUCAGGGCAUGUGGUGAGAGGCUUAUUGUCAUUGGUGGCCCAAGAACACCAGUUGGGGGCACGAUUGAGCUAACCUCAUGGGUUCCUGAUGAUAAUCCACCUGUGUGGAAUUUGAUGGACAGACGGCCAUCUGGAAAUUUUGUGUAUAAUUGCGCUGUGAUGGGCUGCUGA